AUGAAGCACUUCCUCUCGCUGCGCAGCUCCCGCCACAUGAGCAGUAUACGUGAGAAGACUGUACGAAUCAUGGCUGACAAGAUUCGCACAAGCCUGGAAACAAACCAAAACCUGUGGCUUAGCGCUUCCGUUGUGGAUGAGCCCACGGUGUCCAUCUUACAGCCAGCUCCGGGCUAUGCGCUCACAGGUAGUCUCGACGUGAACAAACCCAUGGGCGACGUGGAAGUUCCGCUAGCCUAUCUGCAUACGGAUCCAAGCAAGCUAAACGACCCAUUUCAACUUGUGGCGCAAGACAUUGUAAAUGUUAAUGAUAGUAUCAAACGCAUCCUUGGAUCAGACCAUCCUGUAUUGGCUGCCGUAGCGCGCUACUUUUUCGAGCACGAUGGCGGAAAGAAAGUGCGACCAACAAUGGUGCUACUUGUGUCACGUGCUGCCGAGGCCCAUCGUCGCAUCACGAGCACUCCGCUGCCUGAAAUGCAGUCCAAAGAGUACACUCUCGCUGCACAGCAGCGACUUGCCGAGAUCACUGAAAUGAUCCAUACGGCCAGCUUGAUGCAUGACGAUGUGAUAGAUGACGCCGAAACACGCCGCGGUCAACCUUCUGUGAAUAAAGUGUUUGGAGGCAAAAUGGCUGUACUGGCUGGCGACUUUUUGCUGGCACGUUCUUCCGUGUCACUAGCUCGUUUGCGCAAUUUACAGGCUGUUGAGCUGAUGUCAACUUCGAUUGAACACCUGGUCAAAGGCGAAGUCAUGCAAAUGAAAAAUGCAGACACACGCGAUGACAUAACUCCGUUUGAAUACUAUCUGCGUAAAAACUAUUACAAAACGGGUUCGCUCAUGUCCAAUAGCUGCAAGGCCGCGCUGGUGCUGGGUAAACAUGACGAGCAUAUUUGCGAUCUGGGCUUUGCAUAUGGUCGCCAUAUUGGUCUGGCCUUUCAGUUAAUUGAUGAUGUUCUGGAUUAUGAAGGCGUGAAUACUGGUAAACCAUUAUUGGCCGAUCUUAAAUCAGGUCUAUCUACAGCUCCACUUCUACUCGCACAAGAAGAAUUCCCUGUGCUGCGUGAGCUCGCGAAGCGAAAAUUUGCAUGGGAGGGCGAUGUUAAAUUGGCAAGUGAGCUGGUAGAGAAAAGUACAGGUAUCGCACGGUCCAGAGCUAUGGCCAUUGGUCAGGCAGAAUUGGCAGCCCAAGCGGCCAUGCAGUUUGCUCCUUCACCUGAGCGAGAUGCGAUGGUGCGGUUGGCUCAGAAAGUCGUGUAUCGAUCCAAAUAG